AUGGAAGAUGGGUCUAUUGCGUUGGAUUGCACGUCAAUUGAGAGGUUUACGCGGUCAAUCGAAAUGAGAAAUGUUGCUGGGUGGAUGGCAGAGUACCACGUUCUUAUACGGGUGGGCCGUGAACAAUUGCAUCCACUGGUCUUGCAGUUUCUUGUGGUCCGCGGGCGUGUGGAUCUGUGUGAUUUGCCGGGUGUUGACCUGGACCGUGGGCAUUCGCUGGUCUCACGACUUGCUGGGCAGUUUCUUGUGGUCCGCGGGCGUGUGGAUCUGUGUGAUUUGCCGGGUGUUGACCUGGACCGUGGGCAUUCGCUGGCCUAUCGGUAUUCUGGUGAACUUGUAAGUUGGGGUCCUGUCUAUUUGCCGGGUGUUGACCUGGACCGUGGGCAUUCGCUGGUCUCACGACUUGCUGGGCAGUUUCUUGUGGUCCGCGGGCGUGUGGAUCUGUGUGAUUUGCCGGGUGUUGACCUGGACCGUGGGCAUUCGCUGGCCUAUCGGUAUUCUGGUGAACUUGUAAGUUGGGGUCCUGUCUAUUUGCCGGGUGUUGACCUGGACCGUGGGCAUUCGCUGGCCUAUCGGUAUUCUGGUGAACUUGUAAGUUGGGGUCCUGUCUAUUUGCCGGGUGUUGACCUGGACCGUGGGCAUUCGCUGGCCUAUCGGUAUUCUGGUGAACUUGUAAGUUGGGGUCCUGUCUAUUUGCCGGGUGUUGACCUGGACCGUGGGCAUUCGCUGGUCUCACGACUUGCUGGGCAGGUGGGCCGUGAACAAUUGCAUCCACUGGUCUUGCAGUUUCUUGUGGUCCGCGGGCGUGUGGAUCUGUGUGAUUUGCCGGGUGUUGACCUGGACCGUGGGCAUUCGCUGGCCUAUCGGUAUUCUGGUGAACUUGUAAGUUGGGGUCCUGUCUAUUUGCCGGUUGUUGAGGUGUACUGUGGGCAUUCGCUGGCCUAUCGGUAUUCUGGUGAACUUGUAAGUUGGGGUCCUGUCUAUUUGCCGGGUGUUGACCUGGACCGUGGGCAUUCGCUGGUCUCACGACUUGCUGGGCAGUUUCUUGUGGUCCGCGGGCGUGUGGAUCUGUGUGAUUUGCCGGGUGUUGACCUGGACCGUGGGCAUUCGCUGGUCUCACGACUUGCUGGGCAGUUUCUUGUGGUCCGCGGGCGUGUGGAUCUGUGUGAUUUGCCGGGUGUUGACCUGGACCGUGGGCAUUCGCUGGUCUCACGACUUGCUGGGCAGUUUCUUGUGGUCCGCGGGCGUGUGGAUCUGUGUGAUUUGCCGGGUGUUGACCUGGACCGUGGGCAUUCGCUGGUCUCACGACUUGCUGGGCAGUUUCUUGUGGUCCGCGGGCGUGUGGAUCUGUGUGAUUUGCCGGGUGUUGACCUGGACCGUGGGCAUUCGCUGGCCUAUCGGUAUUCUGGUGAACUUGUAAGUUGGGGUCCUGUCUAUUUGCCGGUUGUUGAGGUGUACUGUGGGCAUUCGCUGGCCUAUCGGUAUUCUGGUGAACUUGUAAGUUGGGGUCCUGUCUAUUUGCCGGGUGUUGACCUGGACCGUGGGCAUUCGCUGGUCUCACGACUUGCUGGGCAGGUGGGCCGUGAACAAUUGCAUCCACUGGUCUUGCAGUUUCUUGUGGUCCGCGGGCGUGUGGAUCUGUGUGAUUUGCCGGGUGUUGACCUGGACCGUGGGCAUUCGCUGGUCUCACGACUUGCUGGGCAGGUGGGCCGUGAACAAUUGCAUCCACUGGUCUUGCAGUUUCUUGUGGUCCGCGGGCGUGUGGAUCUGUGUGAUUUGCCGGGUGUUGACCUGGACCGUGGGCAUUCGCUGGCCUAUCGGUAUUCUGGUGAACUUGUAAGUUGGGGUCCUGUCUAUUUGCCGGGUGUUGACCUGGACCGUGGGCAUUCGCUGGCCUAUCGGUAUUCUGGUGAACUUGUAAGUUGGGGUCCUGUCUAUUUGCCGGGUGUUGACCUGGACCGUGGGCAUUCGCUGGUCUCACGACUUGCUGGGCAGGUGGGCCGUGAACAAUUGCAUCCACUGGUCUUGCAGUUUCUUGUGGUCCGCGGGCGUGUGGAUCUGUGUGAUUUGCCGGGUGUUGACCUGGACCGUGGGCAUUCGCUGGCCUAUCGGUAUUCUGGUGAACUUGUAAGUUGGGGUCCUGUCUAUUUGCCGGGUGUUGACCUGGACCGUGGGCAUUCGCUGGCCUAUCGGUAUUCUGGUGAACUUGUAAGUUGGGGUCCUGUCUAUUUGCCGGGUGUUGACCUGGACCGUGGGCAUUCGCUGGUCUCACGACUUGCUGGGCAGGUGGGCCGUGAACAAUUGCAUCCACUGGUCUUGCAGUUUCUUGUGGUCCGCGGGCGUGUGGAUCUGUGUGAUUUGCCGGGUGUUGACCUGGACCGUGGGCAUUCGCUGGUCUCACGACUUGCUGGGCAGGUGGGCCGUGAACAAUUGCAUCCACUGGUCUUGCAGUUUCUUGUGGUCCGCGGGCGUGUGGAUCUGUGUGAUUUGCCGGGUGUUGACCUGGACCGUGGGCAUUCGCUGGCCUAUCGGUAUUCUGGUGAACUUGUAAGUUGGGGUCCUGUCUAUUUGCCGGGUGUUGACCUGGACCGUGGGCAUUCGCUGGCCUAUCGGUAUUCUGGUGAACUUGUAAGUUGGGGUCCUGUCUAUUUGCCGGGUGUUGACCUGGACCGUGGGCAUUCGCUGGCCUAUCGGUAUUCUGGUGAACUUGUAAGUUGGGGUCCUGUCUAUUUGCCGGGUGUUGACCUGGACCGUGGGCAUUCGCUGGUCUCACGACUUGCUGGGCAGGUGGGCCGUGAACAAUUGCAUCCACUGGUCUUGCAGUUUCUUGUGGUCCGCGGGCGUGUGGAUCUGUGUGAUUUGCCGGGUGUUGACCUGGACCGUGGGCAUUCGCUGGUCUCACGACUUGCUGGGCAGGUGGGCCGUGAACAAUUGCAUCCACUGGUCUUGCAGUUUCUUGUGGUCCGCGGGCGUGUGGAUCUGUGUGAUUUGCCGGGUGUUGACCUGGACCGUGGGCAUUCGCUGGCCUAUCGGUAUUCUGGUGAACUUGUAAGUUGGGGUCCUGUCUAUUUGCCGGGUGUUGACCUGGACCGUGGGCAUUCGCUGGUCUCACGACUUGCUGGGCAGGUGGGCCGUGAACAAUUGCAUCCACUGGUCUUGCAGUUUCUUGUGGUCCGCGGGCGUGUGGAUCUGUGUGAUUUGCCGGGUGUUGACCUGGACCGUGGGCAUUCGCUGGCCUAUCGGUAUUCUGGUGAACUUGUAAGUUGGGGUCCUGUCUAUUUGCCGGUUGUUGAGGUGUACUGUGGGCAUUCGCUGGCCUAUCGGUAUUCUGGUGAACUUGUAAGUUGGGGUCCUGUCUAUUUGCCGGGUGUUGACCUGGACCGUGGGCAUUCGCUGGUCUCACGACUUGCUGGGCAGGUGGGCCGUGAACAAUUGCAUCCACUGGUCUUGCAGUUUCUUGUGGUCCGCGGGCGUGUGGAUCUGUGUGAUUUGCCGGGUGUUGACCUGGACCGUGGGCAUUCGCUGGCCUAUCGGUAUUCUGGUGAACUUGUAAGUUGGGGUCCUGUCUAUUUGCCGGGUGUUGACCUGGACCGUGGGCAUUCGCUGGCCUAUCGGUAUUCUGGUGAACUUGUAAGUUGGGGUCCUGUCUAUUUGCCGGGUGUUGACCUGGACCGUGGGCAUUCGCUGGUCUCACGACUUGCUGGGCAGGUGGGCCGUGAACAAUUGCAUCCACUGGUCUUGCAGUUUCUUGUGGUCCGCGGGCGUGUGGAUCUGUGUGAUUUGCCGGGUGUUGACCUGGACCGUGGGCAUUCGCUGGCCUAUCGGUAUUCUGGUGAACUUGUAAGUUGGGGUCCUGUCUAUUUGCCGGGUGUUGACCUGGACCGUGGGCAUUCGCUGGCCUAUCGGUAUUCUGGUGAACUUGUAAGUUGGGGUCCUGUCUAUUUGCCGGGUGUUGACCUGGACCGUGGGCAUUCGCUGGUCUCACGACUUGCUGGGCAGGUGGGCCGUGAACAAUUGCAUCCACUGGUCUUGCAGUUUCUUGUGGUCCGCGGGCGUGUGGAUCUGUGUGAUUUGCCGGGUGUUGACCUGGACCGUGGGCAUUCGCUGGCCUAUCGGUAUUCUGGUGAACUUGUAAGUUGGGGUCCUGUCUAUUUGCCGGUUGUUGAGGUGUACUGUGGGCAUUCGCUGGCCUAUCGGUAUUCUGGUGAACUUGUAAGUUGGGGUCCUGUCUAUUUGCCGGGUGUUGACCUGGACCGUGGGCAUUCGCUGGUCUCACGACUUGCUGGGCAGGUGGGCCGUGAACAAUUGCAUCCACUGGUCUUGCAGUUUCUUGUGGUCCGCGGGCGUGUGGAUCUGUGUGAUUUGCCGGGUGUUGACCUGGACCGUGGGCAUUCGCUGGUCUCACGACUUGCUGGGCAGGUGGGCCGUGAACAAUUGCAUCCACUGGUCUUGCAGUUUCUUGUGGUCCGCGGGCGUGUGGAUCUGUGUGAUUUGCCGGGUGUUGACCUGGACCGUGGGCAUUCGCUGGUCUCACGACUUGCUGGGCAGGUGGGCCGUGAACAAUUGCAUCCACUGGUCUUGCAGUUUCUUGUGGUCCGCGGGCGUGUGGAUCUGUGUGAUUUGCCGGGUGUUGACCUGGACCGUGGGCAUUCGCUGGUCUCACGACUUGCUGGGCAGGUGGGCCGUGAACAAUUGCAUCCACUGGUCUUGCAGUUUCUUGUGGUCCGCGGGCGUGUGGAUCUGUGUGAUUUGCCGGGUGUUGACCUGGACCGUGGGCAUUCGCUGGCCUAUCGGUAUUCUGGUGAACUUGUAAGUUGGGGUCCUGUCUAUUUGCCGGGUGUUGACCUGGACCGUGGGCAUUCGCUGGCCUAUCGGUAUUCUGGUGAACUUGUAAGUUGGGGUCCUGUCUAUUUGCCGGGUGUUGACCUGGACCGUGGGCAUUCGCUGGUCUCACGACUUGCUGGGCAGGUGGGCCGUGAACAAUUGCAUCCACUGGUCUUGCAGUUUCUUGUGGUCCGCGGGCGUGUGGAUCUGUGUGAUUUGCCGGGUGUUGACCUGGACCGUGGGCAUUCGCUGGCCUAUCGGUAUUCUGGUGAACUUGUAAGUUGGGGUCCUGUCUAUUUGCCGGGUGUUGACCUGGACCGUGGGCAUUCGCUGGCCUAUCGGUAUUCUGGUGAACUUGUAAGUUGGGGUCCUGUCUAUUUGCCGGGUGUUGACCUGGACCGUGGGCAUUCGCUGGUCUCACGACUUGCUGGGCAGGUGGGCCGUGAACAAUUGCAUCCACUGGUCUUGCAGUUUCUUGUGGUCCGCGGGCGUGUGGAUCUGUGUGAUUUGCCGGGUGUUGACCUGGACCGUGGGCAUUCGCUGGUCUCACGACUUGCUGGGCAGUUUCUUGUGGUCCGCGGGCGUGUGGAUCUGUGUGAUUUGCCGGGUGUUGACCUGGACCGUGGGCAUUCGCUGGUCUCACGACUUGCUGGGCAGUUUCUUGUGGUCCGCGGGCGUGUGGAUCUGUGUGAUUUGCCGGGUGUUGACCUGGACCGUGGGCAUUCGCUGGUCUCACGACUUGCUGGGCAGUUUCUUGUGGUCCGCGGGCGUGUGGAUCUGUGUGAUUUGCCGGGUGUUGACCUGGACCGUGGGCAUUCGCUGGCCUAUCGGUAUUCUGGUGAACUUGUAAGUUGGGGUCCUGUCUAUUUGCCGGGUGUUGACCUGGACCGUGGGCAUUCGCUGGCCUAUCGGUAUUCUGGUGAACUUGUAAGUUGGGGUCCUGUCUAUUUGCCGGGUGUUGACCUGGACCGUGGGCAUUCGCUGGCCUAUCGGUAUUCUGGUGAACUUGUAAGUUGGGGUCCUGUCUAUUUGCCGGGUGUUGACCUGGACCGUGGGCAUUCGCUGGUCUCACGACUUGCUGGGCAGGUGGGCCGUGAACAAUUGCAUCCACUGGUCUUGCAGUUUCUUGUGGUCCGCGGGCGUGUGGAUCUGUGUGAUUUGCCGGGUGUUGACCUGGACCGUGGGCAUUCGCUGGUCUCACGACUUGCUGGGCAGGUGGGCCGUGAACAAUUGCAUCCACUGGUCUUGCAGUUUCUUGUGGUCCGCGGGCGUGUGGAUCUGUGUGAUUUGCCGGGUGUUGACCUGGACCGUGGGCAUUCGCUGGCCUAUCGGUAUUCUGGUGAACUUGUAAGUUGGGGUCCUGUCUAUUUGCCGGGUGUUGACCUGGACCGUGGGCAUUCGCUGGUCUCACGACUUGCUGGGCAGGUGGGCCGUGAACAAUUGCAUCCACUGGUCUUGCAGUUUCUUGUGGUCCGCGGGCGUGUGGAUCUGUGUGAUUUGCCGGGUGUUGACCUGGACCGUGGGCAUUCGCUGGCCUAUCGGUAUUCUGGUGAACUUGUAAGUUGGGGUCCUGUCUAUUUGCCGGGUGUUGACCUGGACCGUGGGCAUUCGCUGGCCUAUCGGUAUUCUGGUGAACUUGUAAGUUGGGGUCCUGUCUAUUUGCCGGGUGUUGACCUGGACCGUGGGCAUUCGCUGGUCUCACGACUUGCUGGGCAGGUGGGCCGUGAACAAUUGCAUCCACUGGUCUUGCAGUUUCUUGUGGUCCGCGGUCUUGUGGAUGAGUAG